UUAUUUAAUUCUUCCAAUCAACAACUUUCCAUGGCUUCUACAGUCUCGACCUUUCAUUUUUUUUAAUAUACAGAUUUUCUCUAAAAAUCCCCAUUCGAAAAAUAGAACAGCCUCGCAGUCUUCACUUAAGAUUGAGCACAUUCAUACAAUUAAAGCCCUUCACCAUGAAAUCAUACUGACAUUUGUGCUGCAGUCUUCCCUAAAGUUCUCUGUCUCCUGGAAUAGGGGGAGAUGUUCAUAGUAUGAGGGUGGGAAAGGGGCUCCUGACAGUCAAACCUGCGGAUAGACUGAUGGACCGAAUAUCCCGUUGUAAUGGAUUAUCCAUGUCGAUAAUUUAAUAACGUAAGAGUAAUUUUCCUGUUGCUGUGGGGCCUGGUUGCUUUAUGUUGUACCCUCCCCUUCCGGUGCGACCAGGCUUCCUUCCUCCGCAGCGUUGCGAGCGAGAGGGAGAGAGGCAAAGGUGUGAUGGUUCUCCUCCGUUGAUUUUUCUGCGUUAAGGAAGUGCGGGUGGUUUACAGGCCGGGACGUGCUCAGGUUAGGUCCGAGGACAGCGGGGCUUAAGGCCAGGGUUAGUGUCAGAUGCGUGGGCCGGGUAGUCGAGUGCGGCCUUUGCCCGUCGGCAGUUGACGGUGAGAGGCCGAUAUCGGUGAGUGUAGCCGCGCCGCAGCGCUCGCGUUAACUUGCCCAAAUUCCCCAGACUGUAGAGUCCCAGCACCCGCUCCCUCCAGGCGCCAAGCGGCUGUGUGACCAUCGCCGGUUUGGGGAUGCUGCAGGCCCGUGAUGUGACUGGACAACAAGGUGUUGUUUUGCUUGCUUUGGAGGCAGAUAUUUUAUUUGCUGUUCGAGAUCCCACUGUGUGAAGGCGAGGGUUUCACGCGGCUGCUUUAUGUUUUCACCAGCAACCUAAACAUUUACCCAGUCAGGGGAAAAGCAAACUUUUGAUUUGUUUUUGCAUUCCCUUGGAAAUACGGAGACUGGUGUUGACUUCAUGAUAAACGUUGAUAUACCACGAAUGAAAAUGACUGGUGCCUAGGACCACUGAACUGAAAAUUCACUUGCUGCAACAACAGGUUACAAAUCUCCUGUGGUCCUGUUUACGGGAUUCUGCAUCUACCCUAUGGAUAGGCAGAGGGUCUCAACUCAAUCCACUGGUCCGGACUGUCCAGGGACAUUACAGUCUGGGGCAAAAUUCAAAAUUCCAAAGAAGAAAAAGAUCUCCCAGAUGGACAAUAUAGAGACACUUUCUCCUCUAUCCAGACUUACUGAUUCACGAAUUGAAAAUUUAAAAGCCUCAAAUAAAGGUUGGCCAUCACCGUAUACUACUUUCAAUAAAACAAGAAAUCAUCAUUUGCUUACUUGUAAUCAAAGGAGGAACUGCCCAUCAAGACAGAACUUUCCUGGCUUUGAACAACUAAAGGAACCCAGAAUUGUACUCAGAGAUGUGCUGAUGACAGAUUCAGGAAGAGAACAUUUGCUGCGCCUACAUAAAGGAGACUGCAGCAAUGUCGAAAAUGCUGAUACUUCUCAUGCAAGGCAUCACACAUCAGCAACCAAUGAGCUAACAAUUAAUUGUCAGGAGGAAAUCAAAACAUCUCAUCCCGAUAGUCAGUCCAACAUUUUAUCCAGCAGUGAGGUGAAGGCCGAGAGGAAAUCAGAAUGUCAUAGUUGGAAGCAGAACGAAAAUUCACUCAGACCAAAAGAAGAUGAUUAUUCGCCAUUAAGAAACUCAGAAAAAGGAGUCAGAGACAUUUGUAAGGUAAAACAGACAGAAAAAAGAGACCAGCUAUGUGAACAUAUAAAAAUAAAUGAAGGAAAAAUAGGCCUUCGUAAAGACACUUUGACAGAUUCACCUGUUCCAAGCCCCAAGAAGAAAAGAUUGUGUGCUGAAGUGCGGGGUGAUCCUAUCAGAAGAGACAUUAGUAGAGCUGCCUAUUCACAGAAAGGUGAUGAGGAUUUGUUGAAGAAACUGCUUGUCUGUCUAACAUGCAAAGAGCAGACUGAAAAUUGUCAGUGCUUUAAUAAUAACCCAGAAGGAAAAGAUCCACUCACAGAGAUUACGAAAACGAAAUCUGAUCUGCAGCAAGCAUCAUUUUCUCCAUUGAAUGUAAAUCAGCAAAGCUCCAAUCACAGGGACCAAGAAUCACUUAAUAACCAUUCAACCCCUGAUGUUGAUAUUAAUUGGAGGGAAUCCCCAUGUGCUCCAGUACCAAAUGGACAGAAAACCAGAGCAUUGUUUCCACGUUUGCCUACAUUGAAUCCCCAGAUUAAGCCCUUAAAGCCAGCAGUAGUUUCGAAUGAACCAAUUGUGCUUUCCAGUGACGAUGAAGAUACAGAUAAAAUGCAACCUGGUCUUCAGUUCACCACAUUAACUCCAGAGAUUAAACGUUUACGGCUGAGGAGUAAGCCACCAUCAACUGAUAACUGCAAAAGAGAAGCUGAGAUUCAUUCAGAAAAGAGGGAGCCAGAGAAUGUAAAACCAUAUACAAUGGGACAGGAUGCAAGUGAGAUGAAUGAGCAGAAUAAGUUAUCUGAUGCAGUACAAAGUAUGGAUUGUUCUUUGGAAACCAGCACGAUGGCAGAAUCAACAUUGGAUCUCACUUUCGCGGCCCUGCACAUGGGAGAAAUUGAAGGAAAUGAGCAAGGUUCCAUUAUGUUUGGACCUGACAAUAUUGCAAUAACCUUCACAGAUUGCCAUGCGUUACUACUGGAUACCUCUUACUUGAAGAAAUACAGUGUGUGGGAGAGAUUGUCUGACUCGAUCUUUGAGAAUCACUCGAUUGUUUUCCUUUGGUUUGCUGCAGAUUAUAUAGAUGAGAUCAACAAACAGUUAAAAUUCACUUCUUUAAACCAGGACUAUAAAUGCAGUGAGUAUGUCUUCAUUCAGCUUUUCAAACCUUUACAAGCAACAGAAACAACAGUAUUGAAGAAAAUUAUGACCCUUACUGGCACAAGGCAUAAAAUUGCAGACUUGUGUGAAGUUAUGUCAUUGGAAGAGACUUGCCAGUUACUUGCUAAGCUUGAUUCAGAGCAGAGCUGCUUCGUAUCGUCUUGCUACAAAAACUUGGAGCAUCAAGUGGAUAAGGCUGCAUUAUCACAGGAAGAAAGUACAAAUUCAACAAGGGCAAAUAAUUACACUUUGUGUCAUAUACGGAGAAAGGAUCAUUAUGUAGUUUCGUUUGCUUCAAAGCAAGAGAAGCGGAGGCAUAUGUUUAGAGGAAACGGACAAGUUCAGAAAAUAAUAGUCUACCCUCCUCCACCAACUAAAGGAGGUCUUGCAGUUACAACUGAAGAUCUUGAAUGUUUGGAAGAGGGAGAGUUUCUCAAUGAUGUCAUCAUUGACUUCUAUUUAAAGUACCUGUUGCUUGAGAAAGCACCUAAAGAACUUGCUGAGCGUACUCACAUUUUUAGUAGCUUUUUUUAUCGACGUCUGACCCGAAAGGAUAAUGCUGAAUCAGAGGAGGUGAAUAAUCUCUCAAUACAACAGAAGAGGCAUCAACGUGUGAAAACGUGGACUCGUCAUGUGGAUAUUUUUACAAAGGAUUUCAUAUUUGUGCCGGUCAAUGAAGAGUCUCAUUGGUACCUUGCUGUGAUUUGUUUUCCUGGGUUAGAUAAAAUAGUUUAUGAAUCUGAUUUAACCAAUGAACCAAAGGCAAGCAGAUUACUUUCAAACUCAUCUUCCAUACACUCUAAUAGUGAAAACAUAAAUAGAGAUCAUAUGUCAUCACCGGAUGAACUGGAGGAUAAUACCUCUCAGAGUGUGCCAUCAGAGGAUUCAGAAGAUAAAGCUUCCAGCACUGCUGCUUGUAUAAAGCCUUCUGCUUCACCUACGCCCAACGUGCAGGAAUGUAUAAAAGUACCCAAGAUUCUACACCAACUAAGAGAAAAGAUACUCAAGCAGCCAUGUAUUCUAAUAAUGGACUCUUUAAGAGCGGCUUCACAAUUGCACACAGUGAAGAUUUUACGAGAGUAUCUGCAGAUAGAGUGGGAAGUGAAAAGAGGAGGGCAGCGCAGUUUCACAGCUGAUGAUAUGAAAGGGUCAGUUCCCAGAGUCCCGAAACAAGAUAACAGCAGUGACUGUGGCAUAUACUUGCUGCAGUAUGUGGAGAGCUUUUUUCAGAAUCCCAUCACAAAUUUUGACUUGCCAUUGCAGUUGGAUAAAUGGUUCCUGCGUCAAGAAGUAAAGAAAAAACGGGAAGAAAUACAAGAUUUGAUUCUGCAUUUACACAAUCAGCAGAGAACUGAUAAUGAAUGCAUAUACAGUACAUGGCACACAUAGUACACAAGGUCAUUUCAAGCUGUCGAUCAUCUUGAAGAUAUGAAGAUUUUAAAUUCAACUGUAAAUGUUUGAAUUAGAUAACUAAUGUAGCAUAUUCCAUUUAAAGCAGUUUUGUUUAUAGCAAUGUACAGUUUAAUAAAUUAUACUGAUUUGUGACUUCUUGAAACUUGCUGUUAAUUUCUUACAUUUGUUUCAGCCCUCACAAUACCUAAUGUUAUUGACCAUUUAGAGCACUUUACACUCCAGACAGCAGAUACCUUAUUAAUCUUUAUCACAGUCUGAAGAUGAUGUGGUUCAACUGUUGCAAAAAUACUGAUGUUGGAAUAUUAACGGGUGGAUUAAUAAUCUGAACUAUUUAUGUUCUGUUUUCAAGUAAUUACAGAAUUGGAGAUGUGAGUAGUAUGAAAUUCUAUCUAGGUUAGUACAAUUGUCAAAUAUGUACAUAAUACUAUAGCGUACCUGCAAAUUUUCAUUCAUUACCUCCGAUUGAGUGGUUCUUUGACUGUUAUGAUGAGGUUGACAAGAGUGAAAACAGAUUACAGUGCAUUAAUGAAAAAAUUGUGCAUAGGUGCCAACUAUUGUUUUUAAUAGAGGGGUUUUGUCAAAUGUCAUAUUUUGCAUAAUUCAGUGACUACUUGUAUAUUUUAAUCUUGGCAUUGUAGGAACAGAGUGAAACUUACCAGGAAAAUGAAGCUCAAAAUAGAGAAAAUGGAAAACUAAAUGCAUUAUGUUAAAGGACUAUCUUCCUUUUGAAAAGCUGUUCUCUAACUUUUUGUAGUUCAUCCAUCCAUAUUGAACAGAUACAAGCAAUUUUGUCUUAAUGUCUGAAAAGAAACAACAUGUGAAUGUAGAAAUGGUAGAACUCAUUUUGGAAUACUGGAGAGAUGCAAGUAACUUACAUUGCAAUAACAAUUGUGCUAACUGCUUUGCUACUGUGUUGCCCUGUCUGCUUUAGGAUAAAUUGCCUCAUGCAAUUUAUUUGAAGAUGGAGCAGAUAAGGUCAAUAGCACAAACGCAGAAUGUACAACUGUUUUAAUGUUAAUAUGAGUGUAUAUUUUAAUUAAAAGAAGAAAUAUGAAGGAUGGUGAGUGGAUCAACACCAGCAUUUAUUUUUCAAAGUAUGAACUACUUUUGACAUCCAAAAACCUUUAUAAGAACAGAAGUAAUCAAAGUGGGGUGUUCUGCGAUUCAUAGUUGAUCAUGUACCUUCCAGUACUUUCCUAUACUGAUGCCAUUCUUUUAAUGUUCAAAACUGGACAGAUCUCUGUCUUAAAUAUAUUUAGUACUGGGGACUCAACUGUUUAUAAUCUAUAAUAUAAUUGAAGGGGCUGAGUAGGCAAAUUUGCCAAUGUUGCAAAGAUAGACAUUUUAGCAAGUUAUGGAUAUUGAGAUAUCAAGUAAGUGGGAAAGAAUUUACCAGCCAAAGUAGAAUGGGCAAAUAUGAGGUUAUCCAGUUUGGAAGGAAAAAUGAAAAAGAGAAUUAUUAUCUAAACUGAAUGAGACUAGAAAAGUAUGAAAGCCUUUCGGGAACCUAGUGCAUGAAAGGCAAAAAGAAAACAUGGAAAUAUAACAAGUACUUAAGAAAGCUAACAAAAUGAUGGCAUUUGUUGCAAAAGGUCUCAAAAAUAGGGAUUUAAUUCAAAUUACAAGAUGCAGCUAAGUCUACACCUUGAGUUCUGCCUGCAUAUUGCCUCUGUAUAUGAGGAGAAAUAUAUUUACACUGGAGCUGUUGCAGAGAAGGUUUCUGAGGCUGAUUUCUGGAAUGACAGAACUGACACACAAAGAAAGAUUGGGCCUAUACUUUUUGGAGUGUAGAAGAAUGAGAGAUGAUCAAAUUGAAACAUGGAAGAUUCUUAGUUGAUAAUGAAAGGAUAUUUCCCCUGGUGGAAUAUCUAGAAUUGGGGAACAUAAGAGAUUACCAGUUUCAAAUGAGGGAUGAAGAUUUCUUUCUCUAAGUAAGUGGAUAGGUAAGUAAGUGUUGUGAAUAUUUAGGAUUCUCUAUACCACAGACAACUGUGGAGGCGUGGAGGCAAUCAGUGAAAAUAUUUAAGGCAGAGAUUGACUGUUAAUUGACUUGCAGUUUGAGGAUAAUGUGGAUAGACACAGAAAGUGCUGUUGAAUCCAAGAUUAGAUCAAUUGUCAUCUUAUCGAAUGGUGGACGAGGCUUGACAGGCCAAUUGGUGUAUGUAUUGCCAGUGCCCUUCUUAGAUAUGACUUCCUUUCCUGAGAACGAUCUUCAAGUUUAUUGUUCUGGAAGUCAGAAACAUCUGUUUUCUAUCACUAUCCAUAAUCACUCUACAUACCCUUGCUACAAUUCUUUUGUUGAAUAAUCACCCUACUGUAUAUAUCGCAUAUAUACUGUAUUUAGUCAUUAAUGCAUACCACAAAGCAUUUUUAUCAGAAUUAGGUUUAUUAUCACUGACAUGUAAAAUUUGUUGUUUUGCAGCAGCAGUACUGUGCAAUCUAUAAAAAAAUUAGAUGACAGUAAGAAAUAUAGAAAUAAACAGAUCAUGCAAAAAGCAAGAUAGUGUUGAUGGACUAUUCAUGGAUUUAUUAUUAGCUUGUGAAAAGUGAGAAUUUGUGUGAAGUUGGAUUUCAUUUUCAGCUCGGGGAACUCCUGUACUUGAGUUCAGCAGGUGACCCACCACAACCAUUUUGGGUGAACAACUCUAGAGAGUCAGUACACCCUGGAGCUCUUCCCACUUUAGCCCUGAAGGGCUUAUCUCUUAUUUUGUCAUUAUAACCCUCAUUCCUGCAUCUUAACCCUUUAUGCCCAAAAUGGAUUUUUAAUAUUUCAGUGGCAUUAUCUCACAUUCUUUCAGACUUGAGGGUCCGUACACUCAUAGAGACUGCUUCGUAAGGAGAAUUCUAACCCCUGUCUUCAAUCAGUCUGGUGAACCAUUGUUGUCCUUUCGAUCACAAGUAUAUCUUUCUUUAAGUGUGCACACUAUCCCUGGUUCAGUCUUUCUAGAGUCCAAUAUAAUUGCAUGUCAACUUUAUUCUUGUAUUCUUUUCCUCUUGGCCAUAAUGGCCAACAUGCCAAUUGCCUUCUGAAUUACUUGCUGUACCUGCAUGUUAGCAUUCACAGGAACAGUCAGGUUCCUCUGAACAGCAACACCAUUUGAUCUGUCACUAUUUUAAAUAAGAACUACCUUUUUUUUAACGUAUGUGAAUGAUUUCACCUUUUCCUUUAUUAUAAUGGGACCUCACUUAUUUAGUUGGCUUGUCUUAUGUCAGUUUUGAAGCCUCUGCAUUAUCCUUGCAAUCCACAAUGCCAACCAGCUUGGUGUCAUCUGAAAACCAGGAUAUAUAGUUCCCUCAUACAAACCAUUGACAUAGAUUGUGAAUAGUUCAGGUCUCAGCAUCAGUCACAGCCUUCCCAUCUGAAAACAACUCGCCUAUUCCUUAUGUUUCCUGUCAUUAACCACUCCUCAGUCUAUGCCACUGGUAUUACCACUCUGCUCUGCUUAAUAACCUGUACACCUUAUCCAAACGUCCAGAACUAGACCUAUUAGUUUUCCCUCUACCAAUCUUCUAGCUCUAGUCAGAGAGAGAAAAAAACACAAAAACUGUGUUCAGAUAUGAUAUUCUUUUGUAAGUCUAUGCUGUUCUUGAGUAAUUUGCUUUUGAAGUGUUCCAUUAUCACUUCAUUAGUAGAUGCUGGCAGUUUCUUAUUAAUUUUAGAUGAACAUGAUAUUACUUCCCUGCUUGUCUUCUUUCUCAGUUUGUGGUUUAUGUUACCUUCCCAUCUGGGAUUCAUUUUAGAAUCUGCAACAAUAUAAUUAACAAUAGGCAACAGAAUACAUUCAAACUACCUGAUUGCUUCCUAAGAUUUAUAAGUCAGCUAUUGGAUGUUUAUUGAAAAGUGAAGCAAUAUGAUGUCAAUGUAGUGUUUAAAAAAUAAAGUCAAAAAUCAUGAAUGUACCAUGGAUUCUGUUGCUGCCUUCUACUUGCUCCAGGGUCUUUGCACUUCUGUUUGCACAUUGUUUUGU